AUGGCGACUUUUAGGUUGACCUAUUCAGGGCGGCCAUUCUCGGGGCUUGCCAACCUAGGCGGGACCAGUUGUUCGUCGUCGUGGCCUCACCUGGGAAGAGUCUCUUCGACUGCUCAAUCUUCGCGACGCGUUUCAUCGGCUGCUUUGUCUUCCGCUGCAUCCUCUGACUCUUCUCCUCCGGUCGUCUCGCCUGUCUCUCUUUCGCCGUCGUCUUCUUCCUCAGCAGACUUGUCGCCUGUCGCGUCCGCGUCUGUUCCCCCACUUUCGAACUCUUCUUCAUGUGUUCUCUCCUCCCCAGCCGCCUGCGCUUCUCCUUGCCCGUCUUCCUCUUCAUCUCGUUCGUUUCCUCUGGGAAUAAAGCAGACCUUGCCUCGACAUAUUUUGAGGGCAACGGGAGACCAGCCGUCUUCCUCUUCCUCUAUGUCUGCUCUCGCCGCGAAGCCUCCCAAGUCUCCCUGCUCUCUCUCGGUCGACACUUGUAAAGAUUCUUCUCCUUCUGAACUUGUCGUUUACGAGCGCCGAGACGGGAAGCGGUGGGUUCACAGACACCAGCUGUCCCUCUACCUCUCUCAUGCAGUCGGUCUCGGCUACUUCCGAGCGCAGUUCGAGGACUCCUCAGUGACGCCAGCUGCGGUUUUCGACUGUCUUUCUCACUUGGUGCGGCCGCCGGUGCAUGCGGCGCGGAGUGAGGAAGAUGAAGGCGACGAGGGAGGAGAAAGGAGACAGAACAAACAAGUGGACGGGGCGCCAGAUGGAGAUGGAGAGCGGGUGACAGCGCAGGAUCUGUCAGAGUUCAUGAAGAACUGUGUGGCCUCACGAUAUCGCGACGUCGACGUCCUCGACGUUGUGACGGAUGUCCUAAGCGCUCUUCUUAUUGGCAGUGCGGAUCUGCCUCUCCUCGUUGAUAUCGCUAGCUCGUGCAUCGCACUCUCCUUGCUGCGUCCAAAGUUGUUCACGGCCAUUGCCUCUCGCCUUCUUGUCCUGCUACCUCCGGCCCCGGCGUCCGGUUCUUCUCCCCUCGACGCCGCCGCCCUGUCUCCUCGCCAAGCCGUUCGCCUGGUUGAGUCGUUCAGUCACCAACGCUUUCGCCACCCCGAUGUGCUUCCACUUCUGUUCCUCUCGCUGUCGCCGUCCCUGCCGUUUUUGUCACCUCGUCUCGCCUGCCGUCUCCUCCACGCAGUCGCGGGUCUGGGUGCAUGCGCCGCUCCCGCGGAAACAGUUCAGCUUCUUCUCAGUCGCGUCGCCAGCGGCCUCGGCGACUGCGUCGGCCGUCCAGGCUGUGAAAGCGAGACCCACUGUCAAACAGCCACAGGCGACCAUCGAAUGAUUCAACAAACGUCAGACCUUCCAGAAUCCGAGUUUCUCGAGAAACAGAUCCAGGGACAGAAGCUUCAGCCGCAGUUGGCCUUGGCCGACCUAACUAAAGCUACGCAUGCGCUGCUUCUCCUCGAAAUAGAACUCGAACAGAAACCUCUGCUUGAAAGCCUCUUGACCGCGAUGGCACCGGAAAUCUUCGACCACCCUGUCGAGUUCUGGUCAAGCUCGCCGGCUGGUCCUUCUCUGCACAGGCGGCUGCUCCUCAUCCGAACAGCUCUCCGACACCUACAUCGGGACACAAUCUACAACUCUCUCCCAACAAUGGUCCGCCAGGCUUUUCGGCGUCUCCACCGAAUCGAAAUCACUUCGCCUCCGCGCUCUCCCACCCACUUUGUAACUCGUAUGAGCGCGUUAUUGACACGGCUUCGAAUUGCGCACUUCUGCUACGCCAUCCGAGGGCCUUUGGUCUUCGACGUUCUUGAGCGCGAUCGGCCUAUCGUCUGGCAGUGCAACACGGCGGAUCGAUUCUACGUUAACAGCGCUGAGAAGACAACAGCCGUGAAACUUCAGGAGCGCAUCACCCAGGCGAUGGGUCUCAAAGUGGGCAAUUGCGAAUACUGGCAAUGGAUGAAGAUGAAACGAAAACGUACCCGUCUGGAGUACAUUCGCAUGCAGAGAUACUACAUUUUGAAGGACCGAAGACAACACGAUCCGGACUUUGAAGGCUGGACUCUGCCUCUGGUGCACCACAUGCAUCGCCGAAACCGCCUCCAUUACGACUACUACUUCCCGAACUAUACCCCGCUUUCUCGAGUUGAGUAUUGA